AUGAUCCGCAUUGCUGCUCUCUUUUUACUGUUCGCGACCGGCUUCGCACAAGACUGCUACGACAAUUUGACCUCCAUAUACGAGGAAAUCGGUGACGACAGUAAGGUUGAUGAACCCAAGCGUUUCGUACUUUGUCCCAAUACGAUCUUUGACGCCGGCUUCUUGGUGCCGGGAGAAGGUAUCACCGGAGGUCAAUUUCCAUUAAUCCCGCGAUCCAAUACGGAGUACUCGUGCGGCGAAGAUGGAAGCUCUGCGAACAACUGCAUCAUUCGCGGAGGAGACUUUGGGAUGAUGUCGGUUCCGAUCUUUUUUCGAAACGAUCAGGCCGUCGACAAUGUCGUUCUCAAGGGAAUCACAUUUGAGCGACAGGAGCAAUACGGAAUCUUCCUUGGCAUGCCGGGAGACAUCAUCUACGAAGACUGUAUUGUGAGGGAUCAAGAGAACCUCGGUCCAGUUUUCGUGAACUAUGAGUCUGAGGUCCUCGACGAUGCCCAAAACCUCGAUGUCACCUUUUCCAGCAGUCUCUUUUCGAAUAACACUCAAGCAGCCCGGGGAUUAGGAAUCGAAUUCGGUGUCAUGACAAUCAGAGGGGAUGCAUACACGAAGGUGACAGUUGACAGUUGUUUGUUCACCCAAAAUCAAUACGGGAACCCUAUCAAUGCCCCCAUCGGAUACGCCAUCCAUGCCUACCCCAACACGAAUCUCAUUCUCAAGAACUCAUGCUUUGUGGAAAACAGCUUCCUUGGUGGUGGAACAGUCGUGGUGGCAGAGGACAGUUUCUUUGCGCUGAUCGGUGCCAAUCAUGCCGAUGGUGGAGCAGAUUUCAUCCUUAUCUGUGACUAUGUGGCACGGUAUCCCACCGAACAGGAUCGGGCCAAUCUCAAUCCAACUUGUAUUCCAUCACAAUCUGACGUUUGCUUGUUGCAACGCUAG